UUACGUUCUUUUAGUGUUAAAGAAAAAUAAAAAAUGCUUAUACUUGUAUUUUAUUUUUAUGUGAACAUACGAGACUUGUUUUUCCAUUUCGAACUCAUUGCCAUCUUCUCGAAGAAAAACACGAAGACACAUUCGCUUUUGAUAUUCUUUGAUUCUUUAGCUCACAGUCUUGUUUGUUUUCUUAUAUAAGCCGAACAAGAAGCAAGGUGGCUGCAUAAGGCCACAAAAACAAUGGAGGGAGGUGAUAUAUACCGAGCAAGUAACAGUUUGCGAGUAAGAAGCUCAACAGUUCGGAGAAACAGUGGCGUUGAUGUAUUCUCAAAGUCUACUCGCGAAGAGGAUGAUGAAGAAGCUCUCAAAUGGGCUGCACUUGAGAAGCUCCCUACCUUCAACCGUCUCAAGAAAGGCUUGUUAACCACAUCCCAUGGUGUUGCCAACGAAAUCGACGUCACUAAUCUUGGCUUCCAAGAAAGACAGAGACUUCUUGACAAGUUUGUCAAAGUGGCCGAAGAGGACAAUGGGAAGUUCUUGUUAAAAGUUGGACUUGAUGUUCCAACAAUUGAAGUUCGAUAUCAGCACCUUAAUAUUCAAGCACAGGCUUUUGUGGGAAGGAUUUCUGAAUUUUCUCCAUAUUACUCCAAGCAAAAAGAAACAGGUGACUAUUCUUAA